AAUGUUUUAAUCAUUGAAAAACGUAAUUGAAAAAAAUUAUGUGAAUAAUUGGGUAUAUUGUGUUAUUGUUUUCGCUUUUAAAGAAUCGUCAAUUAUAUCAACUACAAGCAUAAGUGAACAUUAUGAACCACUAGACCUAUAUAGACAACAUAUUAAAUCUCAGAUUAUAUCUAGAAUUUGCAAAGGAGUUAAAAAUAGAAUUAAAGUAAUUUGAAAUUCAGAAUCACAAGUGAUAAAAAGUUAUUUAAAGCUGAAAUAGAUACAGAAUGGAAAAUUAAUGAGAUUACGAAAUCCCAUCAUGAGCUUUUGAUGUUAAUCAAUAAUAGCGAGGACAAUGGACAUGUUAAAUUCUUGGAUAGUGUGACUUAAAUAAUUCAAACAACCCAACCAUAACAAGCCGAAUUGUCACGCCAGGGCUUUACAUUCUGCACGUGCCUUCUUUGGAAUCGAAAGUGAGGCAAGGACUUUUAUUUUAUUCUUUUUUUUAACAAUGUGAUUAAUUCAUUUACAUAUUACGUCUGUCAAAAGGUGUUAUAAUGAAGAAUAUUCCAAUUUAAAUAUAAGCUAAAGCCAUUUUUUAAAAUAAUCCACGCUGAACGAAAUAAAGUAGUUGACUUGGCUAAAUUUAAGUAAUUGGAGCAAUAUUUAUUUCCAUCAAUUACUUGUGUAAAUGGUAAAUUUUUGAUAUCUAAUAGAAAGUACUCAUCACCAUAAGCUAUAGUUGAUAUCAAGUGGUAAAAAUUUUCGAAAGUAAGAUUCUGAUUCUGACUGAUCUAUGAUGAUAAUUAGAUAAAUCAAACCUUGGUUGAAAGGAGCAUAAAAAAAAUCCUGGGAUUGUAAUUUUGGCCGCUAGGCUUUUUAACCAGUUUCGUAUCUAGGGCAUUUGAAGUCCUUGUAAUCUUCACUUGAGGUUGAAUACGAGAGUGAAGUGAAAACGUGGAUGCCUUUAGGGGCCUGAAGAACGUGACCAAGCAGACUAGAGUACCUCUAGAAAAGUGUGGAGUAUAAUACGUCUUGUGAUUCGUGCAUAUUGGCCAUCACGGGGGGUUCCAAGUGUCACGAUAGUGAAAGGAAGAGUAGUUUUAAGACAGUACGAAUAACACCGUGUUAGAAGAUGGUUUAACUUGUAUAAUAUAACACUUUUUAAUGGUAUUGAUCAAUCCAGCACAUCACUUACUGAAAUAUUAUCAUUGGAUAUCUCUAUAUUUUCAGUAUCAACAUCAAUAGUCUAUUCGGAAUUCAGCCAAACAUUUACAUUUGAAUAAACGUCUGAAAAUUCUGCAAGUAGUUAAUCUAUUACCACAUGCUCCUAAGAAAGACGUGAAAGACGUAAACGUAGAUAAUUUCAAAAAUAGCUUCAGAAGAUUCUGGACUUGAAGCAAAGAAUAUGAUAAAAAUAACGAAAAAGUUGGAGAUCAGCUUAUAACUUUGAAUGAUCCAGGAGUCAACCUAUCAAUUGAUCAAAAAAGCAAAGCCUAUUCAAAGCUUUCAUUCAUACAAUCAUCUUCUAAAAGACUUCUUCAACGUUUUUUGUGUAAUUUUUUCCAAUUUCAAGUGUUAAAUUUAGCCAGUUUAAUCAUCUUGGUAGUUAUUAUUCAACUUCCGUGACUGAUUAACCAACAUCAUUUACUCAAUCAAGCUGGAUUGAUUGUUUUAACGUAAAUUAAACUUUAAAUAAGUGUUUUGUUCAAUUUUCCUGCAGUCUUUUAAUUGGCAUUGUCAGUAUAAUUAAACUCAAUACCAGAGUUUCCAAGUGAUUGUAAUAUUGUUGACUUUUUAUUUGAAUUUUGCAACGCAUAUACUUGGUGGUGUUGAUACAGAAAUGCAUCAGUGAAGUUGGUGUAUCAAUCAAAAAGAAUCCAAUUGGUGUUUAGUUACUGUUUCUGUAAAAUUAUCUUAUGUAAAAAUUUAGUUUAAGUGUUCAUUAGUAUUUUGCUGUUAGUUUAAGCGAUUCAUGAAAAAUUUUUCUAUGUAUGAAGUGAAGGCUGUCAUUUUUAUUGAUAAAUACCCGCAUUGUUGUUGUGUGCCAAUACUUUCAUAGUCAAUAGUUACUCAAUUUUCAUAUUGUAUCAUACACAUAGGUUUUGCUUGAAGUCUAUUAUCAUAAACUACCAACUCAGCAACCAAGUGACAGUACACAGUGGAAUAAAUUCAAGUAAAAAGUUACAUAUUAUUGAAUCAUCAAUGUUUUGCUCUUGCUCGCGACUGAUGAAAAUCGACAACAUGGAUUCGACAAGAGAUCUCAAAAGACUGCUUUAUGAGCGCACUGAAUCUCUGAAGCAUCGUGAUGAGCGAGUGGAAGCUUUAGAAAAAGCGUUAGCAGAAAAAGAAGCCACGAUUCGUUAUUUACAGAAUGAAAUUGAUAAAUUUCGUCAGAUUGUGGAAUUGUCUAUGCAUGCAGGACCUCUAAGUCCUAGUCAAAGAUCAAAAAGACAAGCUAUUUCUGCAGAACCUCUCAGAAAUGAUUCAAAACCUCUUGUUAAAUUCAACAAACCUCAAAGAUCUCGAGAUUUAAUAAAAGCGGCUAUUCUGGACAAUGACUUCAUGAAAAACCUAGAGCUGACACAAAUUAGGGAAAUCGUUGACUGCAUGUAUCCUGUAAGUUUUCCGGCUGGAUCAAUUAUCAUUCAAGAGGGAGAUGUUGGAUCAACGGUUUACGUUAUGGAAGAGGGAAAAGUGGAAGUGUCUCGAGAUGGAAAAUAUCUUAGCACUUUGGCACCAGUUAAAGUGUUGGGAGAAUUGGCUAUCCUUUAUAAUUGUAAGAGAACUGCAACGAUAACAGCUGCAACUGAUUGCCAACUAUGGGCCAUUGAUCGACAAUGCUUCCAAACUAUUAUGAUGAGAACUGGACUCUCCAGACAAGCUGAAUAUACCGAUUUUCUCAAGAGUGUGCCAAUAUUCAAAAACCUUCCAGAAGAAACUCUUAUCAAGAUUUCUGACGUCUUAGAAGAGACUUUUUAUAAUAAUGGAGAUUACAUAAUACGUCAAGGAGCUAGAGGUGAUACUUUCUUUAUAAUCAGUCGAGGUCAGGUGCGUGUGACUAUAAAGCAACCAGAUACAACAACCGAGAAAUACAUCAGAACAUUAGGAAAAGGUGAUUUCUUCGGAGAGAAAGCUUUGCAAGGAGAUGAUUUAAGAACUGCCAAUAUAAUUGCCGAUGAUCCUGAGGGUGUAAGUUGUUUAGUCAUAGAUCGAGAGACAUUUAACCAAUUAAUAUCAUCGCUGGACGAAGUUAGAACCCGAUACAAGGAUGAAUUGGUCGAGCGUAGAAGAUUGAAUGAAGAAUUCCGUGACCUUCGACUUCAAGAUCUCCGUUCUUUAGCAACACUUGGUGUUGGUGGCUUUGGACGAGUAGAAUUAGUCCAAAUAGCUGGAGAUAAUUCAAGAUCAUUUGCAUUGAAGCAAAUGAAAAAAUCCCAAAUAGUCGAAACUAGACAACAACAACAUAUAAUGUCAGAGAAGCGAAUAAUGGGUGAAGCUGACUGUGAUUUUGUCGUGAAAUUAUUCAAGACGUUUAAGGAUAGAAAGUACCUCUAUAUGUUAAUGGAAGCUUGUCUUGGAGGUGAAUUGUGGACAAUUCUCAGGGAUAAAGGCCAUUUCGAUGACAGUACUACAAGGUUUUAUACUGCAUGUGUUGUUGAAGCAUUCGAUUAUCUUCACUCAAGAAAUAUUAUUUAUCGAGACUUGAAGCCAGAGAAUUUAUUACUGGAUAGUCAAGGGUAUGUAAAACUGGUUGAUUUUGGAUUUGCGAAACGUCUAGACCAUGGUAAAAAAACUUGGACAUUCUGUGGAACUCCAGAAUAUGUAGCACCCGAAGUAAUUUUAAAUAGAGGUCAUGAUAUAAGUGCAGAUUAUUGGUCGCUAGGAGUGUUAAUGUUCGAACUUUUAACCGGAACUCCUCCAUUUACUGGAGCGGAUCCAAUGAAGACCUAUAAUAUCAUUCUGAAGGGUAUUGAUGCCAUAGAAUUCCCAAGGUCUAUUACAAGAAAUGCCACUGCUUUGAUAAAAAAAUUAUGUAGGGACAAUCCGGCAGAACGUCUUGGGUACCAGAAAGGAGGAAUUAGUGAAAUUCAGAAACAUAAAUGGUUUGAUGGAUUUAAUUGGGAGGGCUUAAGAGCAAGAACUUUAGAACCCCCCAUUAUGCCAAGAGUUCAAAGUGCUACAGAUACCACCAAUUUCGAUGAAUAUCCACCAGACUCAGAUCCUCCACCUCCAGAUGAUCUUUCAGGAUGGGAUAAUGAUUUUUAA